CUGUUCAAAGAGCAGAUGCCCCCUGUCUUCCUGGAACUGUCCGCUUGGAUCAGCCUGCCAGCCUCUCGUCCAAUGACGUCACGGGCCAUCAGGGUAAGGGCGCGCGCGGACCCCUGUCAUUCAAUCAGGUGUCUAGACUGUCCGUGCGCCACUUGUGAGGAUGAACAGGUGGAGGGCGCUGCGGCAGCUCGGAUGCAUCCCCGCGCGGAGCCUUCCUCCUCCUCGUCAUCUUCACUCCGCCGGAAUCAUCGGUGCACCGUUUUCCAAAGGACAGGUGAGAGCGCGCGUGGACAGGUGAAAGGUGGAGUGGAAGCUGGACCGGACCACAUCCGAGCCGCGGGCCUGGUUGAACGGCUGCAGCUGCAAGGGUGUGCAGUGAAGGAUUAUGGGAACCUGGUAUUUGAGCACGUGUCCGGGGACGAGCCCGUGGGGAAGCUGAAGAGCGUGCGGGCGGUGGGCAGCGCCAACCAGAGGUUGUCUGUGGCGAUGCGGGAGGUGAAAGAGGGCGGGCACACGGCCGUCAUGCUGGGAGGAGACCACAGUCUGGCUAUCGGCUCGAUUCAUGGUCAUGCUGCUGCUCUGGGACAGCUGGGCGUCCUGUGGGUUGAUGCCCAUGCCGACAUCAACACGCCUCUGACGUCCUACACGGGGAACAUCCACGGGCAGCCCUUGUCUUACCUCCUCCAUGAGCUGCAGUCAAAGGUUCCCGCUCUGCCAAACUUCUCCUGGAUGAAGCCGUGCCUGUCAGCUGGAGAUCUCGUCUACAUCGGCCUGAGAGACGUGGAUCCAGCAGAGCACUACAUCCUUCAGAUGCUGGGCGUGAAGAUGUUCUCCAUGUCAAAAGUGGAUCAGUUGGGCGUGGCCAAAGUAAUGGAGGAGGCGUGUGACUACCUGAGUACCAGGGGGAAGAAGCCAAUCCACCUGAGCUUUGACAUUGACGCCAUUGACCCCUCCAUUACUCCAGCAACAGGAACACCUGUGACCGGAGGACUCACCUACCGAGAAGGACUCUGCAUCGCUGAACACCUGAGUCAGACAGGCUUGCUGUCGGCGGUGGACCUGGUGGAAGUGAAUCCCCUGAGAGGACAGACGCAGGACGACGUCCAGUCCACGGUCAGCACAGCUGUGGACCUGCUGCUCGCAUGUUUUGGCCGUCAGCGUGAAGGAAAUCACCUGCAAGAUUACUGCCUGCCUGAGCCGUAACCAUGGCAGCAGGGACGGUUGCCCCACAGGACAGAAAAGGCCUAGGAUAGCACAAGGGUUAAUGCACAAGUGUCAAACUCAAGGCUCGCGGGCCAAAUGUGGCCCUCCAUGUCAUUUUAUAUGGCCUGUGAGAGCAUAA